ACAGACUCUCACUGCCAGACACAGACUCCGUAUUCAGUGCAACGGGACUCGGCUGAAGGAGCGCGUUUGGAAACGGGAGGUUCCUGGAUGUCACCAAGUAGAGAAAUAGCGGAGUGCGUAUACGUCUAAUCAGUUAAUCAAUCAAUAAUCAAUCAGUCAACCUGAUAACAGCAGGGAGCUGACAUACUCCUUCUCAUCCACCUGCGCGAAUCGAACCGAAUUUAAGGGAACUGAACCAUCAGGCUCACUGCAAAUGUGUCAGUCGCACAUUCAAUGCUCUCAAUGACAGCAUGGUCUCUGACUGACGGAAACACUUUUGCCUUUUGGAGAGGGAUAGGUACGGCGACAACAAGCGAAUCUGUUUAUCUCAUGUCACUGCUGUUGGGACACUCUGAGUGAAUUGUUGUCCCUGUGUGUUACGCCGGCAGUCGUGAUCUGCGGGAAUGAGACUGAGGAAAUCCGCCGCGGCUCGGAGAACUGGGCUGGCUCUCGCUCGGGAACUACAAGGCUAAAGAUACAACUUUUGUUUUAAGACUUUAUCUUUCCAUAUGGACCGAUCGGAAUCGCUGGACAUUGAGGCGCUGAAGAUGACUCAGGAGCAAUACAUCCUGGCAUCUCAGCCCAACCCCCUCCAGCGACCGGGCUGUGCUACGGCAUACCCGGUGGGUAUUUACGGUUGGCGAAAGCGCUGCCUCUAUUUCUUCAUUCUCCUCCUCCUCGUCACCAUGAUUGUCAACCUAGCCUUGACCAUCUGGAUCCUAAAGGUCAUGAACUUCACCGUGGAUGGCAUGGGCAAUCUCCGUGUAACCAAAGAGGGCAUCAGAUUAGAGGGAGUUUCGGAGUUCCUACUUCCACUUUAUGUGAAAGAAAUUAAAUCAAGACGGGACAGCCCUUUGAUCCUACAAUCAGACCGCAAUGUGACGGUGAAUGCACGAAAUAACAUUGGCCAGCUGACAGGACAGCUCACUGUGGGUGCAGAGAUGGUGGAGGCCCAGUGUCAGCGGUUCGAGGUGAUGAGUAGUGAUGGAGAGAGAGUUCUCUUUUCCGCUGAUGAAGAGGAGAUCAGUAUUGGCACAGAUAAACUGAGGGUCACAGGCAAUGAAGGAGUUGUGUUUAGUCAUUCAGUGGAGACGCCACAUGUUCGAGCCGAACCAUUCCAAGACCUGAAGCUAGAGUCCCCGACGAGGACGCUAACACUGGAGGCUCCCAAAGGUGUUGAAGUGAACGCAGGAGUUGGAGAAUUCAAAGCUUCCUGUAGGAAAGAUCUCACUUUAGAGUCUUCAGAAGGCGAGAUCUUUCUAAACGCAAACUCAAUCCGUCUCGGAAAUCUUCCACGUGGGAGUGUGGACCCUUUGCUUGGUCCAGGGACCACGUACCCCAAACAGACUGUGUAUGAGGUGUGUGUGUGUCCCAGCGGGAGGCUCUAUCUGUCCCCUGCAGAGAGCUCUUCUACCUGCCAGACCACCAACAGUGUUUGUCUCUGGAGCUGA